CAAACUCCUGGGCUGAAAUGAUCUUCCCACCUUGGCCUCCCACAUGCUGGGGAUUACAGGUUCUGGACGUGGCAUGACGAGCGCUUCCUCUACAUGCUCAUGGAGUACGUGCCGGGCGGCGAGCUCUUCAGCUACCUGCGCAACCGGGGCCGCUUCUCCAGCACCACGGGGCUCUUCUACUCAGCAGAGAUCAUCUGUGCCAUCGAGUACCUGCACUCCAAGGAGAUCGUCUACAGGGAUUUGAAGCCGGAGAAUAUCCUGCUGGAUAGGGAUGGCCAUAUCAAGCUCACGGACUUCGGCUUCGCCAAGAAGCUGGUAGACAGGAAUCAUGGCUAGAGAGGCCUCAGGAAACUUAGAAUCAUGGCACAAGGUAAAGAGGAAGCAGGCAUAUCCCACAUGGCUGGAUGGAGUGGGAGAGAGAAAGCAUAGAGGGAGAAAACAUACAGACUUUUAAACAACCAGAUCUUCUGAGAACUCACACUCAUAAGAACAACAAGGAGGAAAUCUGCCCUCAUGACCCAAUCACCUCCCUCCAGUCCCCUCGUCCAAAACUGAGGAUCAUAAUUCAACAUGACAUUUGGGUAAGGAUACAAAUUCAAACCAUAUCAAAGUGGUUUUGGAUACAUGGUUAGAUUGUACAGUGGUGAAGUCUGAGAUUUUAGUGCACUUGUCACCGAAAUAGUGUAUACUGUAAUUUUAUCCAUUACUCUACCUCCCACACUCCCCACUUCUGAGUCUCCAGUGUCUAUUAUACCCCUCUCUAUGCCCUGAAAACCCAUAGCUUAGCUCCCACCUGUAAGUAGGAAUAUGUUGUAUUUGGUUUUCCAUUUCUGAGUUACUUACUUAGGAUAAUGUCCUCCAGUUACAUCAAAAUUGCUGUAAAGGACAUUAUUUUCUCUCCCCCUCCCCCCUGCCUCCCUUUCUUGCUCCAUGCUUGAAUACAAUGGUGUGAUCUUGGCUCAUUGCAACCACUGCCUGCCAGGUUCAACUCAUUCUCUUGCCUUAGCCUCCCAAGUAGCUGGGAGUACAGGUGUGCCCCAUCAUGCCCAGCAA